AUGGAAAAAUAUUUUAUGAAAAAAAUAAAAGGAGUAUUUUCCACUUUUAAAAAGGAUAACCCGAACAAUAAUAAUAAUAACAAUAAUAAUAAUAACAAUAAUAACAACAAUAAUAAUAAUAAUAAUAGUAAUCGUAAUGAUGAUGAUAAUAAUUACCGACAAUCUAACCAGGACAAAAAUUCCUCCAUUGGAAACCAAACAAUCGUUGAAAUGACGAAUGAUGCAUAUAAACAAGAAAAGGAUAUGAACUAUAUGUUAUCUCAGAAUAAAGAAACAAAAGAAGAAUCUAACAGUAAUCUUAAAAAGAAAAAUCUUAAAAACAAAAAUUACAAAAAGCUUGAUAAUAAUGAGAAGGAUAUUCCAGGAUUUAGUAAAAAAAUGAAAUAUGCCAAAUUAUAUCAAAAAGAAAAUAUGUUGUCAAUAGAUAAUUAUAUAAAAAUAAAUAAGAAACAUAAUUUAAAUUUUGUAAAAAGGAAAUAUACGAAAAGAAAACUUAUGGCUUCCAAUAUACAAAAUAUAUGUAAUUUUAUAACAAUCAAAAAUAAAAAUGAAACUAGAACUAAGCAAGUUGAAAGCUUAGAAAAUUAUAAGGAAGAAAAUAAAAGCACACCUUACAAGGAUGAAGAAAAAAAAAUGAAUUUACAAUAUGAGGAAGAACAUAACAAUGAAAAUGUAGCACAAGAAAUAAAAGGAGGGAAAAGAAAGAAGAAAAAAAAAUUAGAUAAGAAUCAAAAUAAUAUGAAGGAAGAUAAUUUAAAUAAUGACGUAUUGGGUGAGGAUAUUAUCAUAAAGGGACAAUAUGAUAAUAAUAAUAAUAAUAAUAAUAAUAAUAGUAAUAAUAGUAUGAAUGAAUAUAAUGUAUUGGAUGAUCCUUCCAAUAUUCAAUUUCAUAAAGACACACCAUUGAAAAACCAAGGAAAGAACAAAGAUAUAUUCAAAAAUUUAAAAACGAAAAAUAUUGGUAUAUAUGAUAAAAACAAAAACACUUCUUUAAAAAAUUAUGGAGAACAAAAAAAGAUCAACCGUAUUGAUGAAAUUUUUAAAAACUUAAUAGAGAAAAGGAAAAAAAAAGAAAUGAGACAAAAAUAUAUGCUCAAAAAAAAAUCUCUCAUAAAUAAUAAUAAAGGAAAAACGAAUGAAAAUUAUGAACGCGAACAAGUGGAAGGGGAAAAGGAAGAAAAACAAAAAGAUAACGAUACUUAUGAUGAUUUUGAAGAAUUGGAUGAAGAAUUAAAAAAGGAAAGCGAAGAUGAAGAUGAAGAAGAUGAUGAUGAUGAUGAUGAUGAUAAAAGUGGUGAGGUAGAAGAAAAACAAAAGAAUCAUCAAAAUAACAAAACAUCAAAUAAUACAUAUGACAACAAAUCAGAUGAUUAUCACGGUAGAAAUACACACUUAUUGAAAAAAGAAAAAAAACAACGAACAAAAAAAGAUAGUAAAAAAGUUCUUCCUAUGAUUGAUGAAAACACUAUAGAAAAAUGUUACAAACAAAUGAUAAUCUUUGCCGAAAAAUUUAGUUCCUUCAAAAAUAAAUUUGAUCAAUAUUAUAAUACCAAUGAAUAUUGGAAUUUAAAGAAAAAAGGGAAAAAAAGAAAAAAUUCAAUAAACACUAGUAAUAAGGAAAAUAUGGAAAAUGAUUUCUUUGAUGAAGAUUGUAUGAAAAAAGAAACAAACGAACUUGAAGAAUUAAACAAAAAUAUACAGAAACUUUUAAAUGCAAAUAUGUCUAAUGAUGUAAAUAUAGAUAAAAUAAACGAAAUUAAAAAAUAUACACAAGAUAAUCAUAAUAAAAAUGUUAUGAAAAAUAUAAAUAUUUCAGAAAGUAUUUAUUUUGAUUGUGAAAAUACAAGUGCUAAAAAAAGAAAAUGUUCUGAUAAUGCUAGUAUUAGUACAAAUGAAGAAAAUUUAAAUAAACUUCUUGAGUAUGCCACAAAUAAAAAAAAUAACAUGAUUAAUUCUGAAGAUGACAUAAAAACUGAUGAGGAAUAUGAACAAGAAAAGAAGAAAAAAAAUAAAAAUAAAACUAAGAAGAAAAACAAGAGAAAAAAAGAAAAAUAUGAUGAUUUACAAAAAUCAAAUGAAAACAACUUAACGGAAGAUAUUGAUUUGGUAAGAGAAAAUCAGGAAGAGGAAAAGGAAGAAAAUAAACAAAUUAAGAUAGUAACACAAAAGAAAGGCAGAAAAAAAAAGAAAACUGAAAAGGUACAAAUAGAAAAUGAUCAAACUGAAAAGGUACAAAUAGAAAAUGAUCAAACUGAAAAGGUACAAAUAGAAAAUGAUCAAACUGAAAAGGUACAAAUAGAAAAUGAUCAAACUGAAAAGGUACAAAUAGAAAAUGAUCAAAUUGAAAAGGUACAAAUAGAAAAUGAUCAAACUGAAAAGGUACAAAUAGAAAAUGAUCAAACUGAAAAGGUGAAAAUAGAAAAUGUACAAACUGAAAAUAUACAAACUAACAAUGUACAAUAUGAAAAUAUUCAAACUGAAAAUUCCCAAACUCAAAAUGUACAAACUCAAAAUGUACAAACUCAAAAUAUACAAACUCAAAAUAUACAAACUGAAAAUGUACAAACUGAAAAUGUACAAACUGAAAAUGUACAAACUGAAAAUUCCCAAACUGAUAAUGUACAAACUCAAAAUGAAUCUUUUAAAAUUGAGACAACUGACAAUGUUGUAGUAGUAAAAGAUAACCUAAAUGAUAAAAUUUUGGAGAAUCCAAUAGAAGCAUCUAAUAUUUCGAAUGAAGUUUCUGAGGAAGAAAUGAAAAUGUUCAACAACACAAAUGGUAAUAUCGAUAAAGAUAUAAAUAUGAUAGAUAUCCCACAUGAAGAUUCGAAUAAAUAUAUAAAAGAUGAACUAAAUAUCAAUGAAAAUAACAAUAAUCUUUUAAAUAUCCAAAAUGGUGAAACCAUAGAAUAUGCUGCUAGCAUAAAAAGUGAUAACAUAAUUAAUGAUCCUGAAGAGGAUGCUUUACCAAGAAACGAAACAAUUAAUAUACUCAAGCAUGAACAUGUAUCAAGUAAAGAACAAGAAGAAGAAAAAAAUAUUUUAAAUGAACAAGAAUUAAAUGAUAUAAAGGAAGAAAGGAAACAAGAAAAUAAUAUUGAUUCCAAAUUACCUUAUUUUGCUAUAGAACAAAGAAAAAAAUUAAUUAAAGAAACAAACCGAUUUUUUAAAAUGUAUAAUUUACAUUUAAAAAUUGAAAAGUUACCUAUUAAUAUUCCAGAUGAUUUAAAACUACUUAUGCAAAAAAAAAAGAAAAUUGCCGAUAUUAUUAAUGAUUACAAAAUAGUUUUUAAAACAUUAGAGAAAUAUGCUCAAAAGGAAAAGAAUAUUUCGGAAGAACAAGAUGGAGAAGAAAGAAAACUGUCACAUGAUAAUCUAGAUAAACAAGAAGGACAAAAUGGUGAUAAUGAUAAUGAUAUUAAUAGUAAUAGUAAUAAUAUUAAUAGUAAUAAUAAUGAUUUAUUUAUUGAUAAUAACGUAACAAAUAAUGUGGUGCAAUAUACAGAUGGAGAUGAACAAAAUAAAGAACAAAACAUAUCUUCUCAAAUAGAUAAAGAAAGUGUAAUUCUUACAAAUAAGGAAGAAACAGUUGUUGAUAAAAAUAACAUAUCAUCUGAAUUGAAGGAAGAAAAUAAAGACAAAGAAAAUAAAGAAAAUGUCACAAAUAAAGAUGCUGAUUUAUCUCUCGAUGUAAAUGCUGAAACAAAUGAAAAGAUACCCAAAAGAAGAGGAAGGAGAAAAAAAAUAGAAAAAGAAAUAGAAGUACAAGUAGGAAAAAGAAGAGGAAGAAAAAGACAAACUGAAGAUCUAUUAAAUGAUAACAACAUUAACGAUGAUAGCUUAUAUUAUUUGAGUGAUAAUUCUAAGGAAUUAAUAGAAAAGGAAUUUAAGAAGUUUAUGAACAUAUUUGAAAGCAUUAACAAAAUUGAAUCAAAUGAACCAAACGAAUUAAAUAAAUCAAAUGAGUUAAAUGAAUUAAAUAAAUCAAAUGAACCAAAUGAAUUAAAUAAAUCAAAUGAACCAAACGAAUUAAAUAAAUCAAAUGAGUUAAAUGAAUUAAAUAAUUCAAAUGAAUCAAAUGAAUUAAAUAAAACAAAUGAGUUAAAUGAAUUAAAUAAAUCAAAUGAACCAAAUGAAUUAAAUAAUUCAAACGAGCCAAAUGAACCAAAUGAACCAAAUGAACCAAAUGAACCAAAUGAGAAAAAUAUCAAAACCGUUUCUAAUAUGAAAGAUACUUUUAAUGAUCAACAAAAGGAUGAAGUUAUUGAUGAUGCUACUACAUGUACAUUUAUGGAUCUAAAUAAUUGUACAUUUGGAGAUAACAAGAAUAACAUAAAUGAAGAGAACAAGAAUGAUAAACAAACAAGCAAAGAAGAACAAUGCCAACCAAUUGAUAAUGAUAUACAAAAGGAAACACAAAAUUCUGAAAAAUCAGAAUAUUUUGAAAAAUAUGAUAAUUCAUUUAUUCAUAAAGUUAUAAACGAUUUAAUACAUAAUAAUGAAGAAGAAGAAAAUUAUAUAGAAUACUCAAAUAUAGAUAAUGAAGAAAUAAAAUACAGAAAAUUAAACCAAGUAAUAACAAACCUAAAAAUAAAAGAAAAAAAAAUUGACUUAAUUUUAAGUAAUAAUUUAAGCUUUUUCAAAUAUUCCUGUAUGUAUAGAAAGCGUCAAUUAUUACAUGAGAAAAUGUUAGGAAAUUGGAGUUAUGUAGAAAAUAAAAUUAAUAGAAGAGAUGAUAUUAGAAAUAAAAAUUUGCCUUUUCAAUUAUUAAAACUAGAACAAAAUAUGUUAGAAAAUAUUCCUAAAUGUUAUGAUGAUAUAUUAUUAGAAGAUUUUUCUGGUAUUAUUAUAACGUUAAAUACAAAUUCUUUUGAAAGAGAAUCAGAUGGAAAAAUUAUUAAUGUGUCAAAAGUUAUAUGUGGAUGUUUAAUUGAAUAUCUAAAUAAUACAUCUGAAUUAAAUAUAAAAUGUAUAUGGGCACAUCCAUUUUUAAAUACAAAAUCUACUUAUUACAUUUUAUGUGCAUUCUUACCAAGGGUUAUAUUAGAAGCAUUUUUAAAUAAUACAGGAACAUUACAUAAUGAUACAAUUGAUAAGGAUAAUAUAAAUAUUGUCAAUUCUGAAAAAGGAGAAGUGAUAGAAAGUAUGAAUUCUGAAAUAGAUGAAUUCAAAAAUUCUGAAAAAACAGAAAAAAAAAAAAAAAAAAAAAAAAAAGUUUUUAUGGAUAUGGAAAAAAUCAAGAACGAUCAUCAUGAAAAUGAUAAUAUAAAUAAUUCUCAUAAUAAUAUUAUCAAAUUAGAAGAUGCAUAUUUCUCAAACUAUUCUACAUAUGAAUAUCCUUUAACUCAUCUUUUAAAUUUCAAUAAAGAAUGUGCAUAUGCCUUAAAUUAUAAUCAGAACCUUUUCAAAGCUAAUGAAAAUAAACAUGACAAUAUCAUCAACACAUGUAAUAAUAUGAAAGAUCAUAAUAAUUGUAAGGAUAAUAAUACAUUAUCUUCUAAAGAUAGCAAUAACAAAUUUUUGUAUAUAAUAUUUAGUGAUAUUGAUAUAUUUCCAAGACAGUGCUAUUUAAUUUUAUGUUCUUACAAGUAUAUGUGUUUAAAUAUGCACUAUGAUACAGAUAAUUAUUCUGUUCAUUAUGAUUUAGAAAAUAUGAAAAAAGAAAAUGUGGGAAAAACAACAGAGUUAUCUAAUAGUUGUCCUUGCAAAUGUAUGAAGUCUAUUCCCGAUGAUUCUGAGGAAUCCUAUGAGCGUAUAAUAGGUUUGAGUGAACUUUAUAUGUAUUAUAUGAUACCCAAAAAGGAGGAAAGGGAACGUCUCGGUCUACUAAAAAGAAACGGCUGGAGAGAUUUAAUUUGCAGUACCUUUCUUGAAGACGUACAUGAAAAUAUUAGUAGUAUCUUAAAAAUUAAAACACAUAUUAAUAAGGUAUCAGAACAUAUAUCUGUACAAAAUAGAAUAUAUGAAAAACGCUACACACCUAUAUAUAUAAAUAAAUAUGAGUGGUGUGGAUUAAAAUUGAAGGAUAUUCGUAACAUGCUAAACGAAGAUUUUAAUUAUGAUGGCCACGAUAAAUGA